ACGCUCGUUUCCACCCGCUCAGCUGCCGGCAGUUAGUGUCCGCACAGGACCGGCGGAGGGGAACCAGGAUUUAAGCGCUACACCCCGAUGAGACGCCACCUCUAACUGGACUACAGUGGACCAAUCACCGCCGGGAAGAGAGCGUCGAGACAGCACUGGACGGCGGGUUAGCGAUUGAAAGGAUCUCCAGACGUCUUCCUUGAAUCAUCUCCGCGCAGGAAAAGGGCAGCGCUUAUGAGUCACCUCGCGUGAUGGAUGAUGUAACGGCGUCUGGGUCUUCUAGCAGACCAUGACGCUAAACGGACUAACAGAGUGGGAAAAAAGGCUUUCUCACAAGCAACCGAGCCUUAUUUGUUGACUUUCCCGAGGAGCGAAGGCGAUGUCAAGCGUCCGUGCCAUGAAGUGACCUCACACAGAUAAGUGGCACGGCCAUGGAACUUAAUCGCAAAUGGACUCUUAUCAUCGUGCGUGAGGUCACGUGAUCUUUCCCAAUCCGAGUGAUUUUGACGCCAGCCAUGUUGCGGCGCAGGCUCCUAGCCUGGGUGUCGCGGGUUGGCGCCGUGUUGGUUCUUCUGUGUUGCUCCUUGACGCUCUUCUACGUGAUGACCUGCACCACGCUGCACCCGGACGACUCGCCGCCUAGUCGCGCUUUACCGCGCCCCAGCACCAAUCGGGUCGACCUGGGCGGUACGAGGCCCGGAGGUGCUGCCCAAAGCGGGGGACCGCCGGUGAUCCACUCCUACCAGGAGCUACUGCAAGAGCGUGAGGAGCAACACCGCCUGCACAUCUCCUCGCUGAAGAAACAGAUUGCUCAGCUUAAAGAGGCGUUGCAGGAACGCAGCCAACAGCUCAAAGGUGUGCAAGACACCCUGAAGAAGGCCGUCGCCGGGGGACCGGCCGAGGGGCGCAACUCGCAGCCCGGGGACCUCGGGGAAGCCCCGGGAGCCAAAAACCAGCAGGCGGACCUCCAGAACUUCUUAAGGAGCCAGAUCUCCAAAGCCGAAGUGACCGCCGGGGUUAGGCAACACAGCGAGUACACGGUGGUGCCCUUUGAGAGCUUCACCCUGCACCGAGUCUACCAGCUCGAAAUGGGUCUGACGCGACACCCCGAGGAGAAACCCGUGAGGAAGGACAAGCAGGACGAGCUGGGCGAAGUGCUGGAGUUCGCCCUGCACAACCUCAACGGCAAAAGUAGCAAAGUCUACUCGAAGUCGGACUUUAUAGAAGGCAUCACCCGCACAGAGAAGGACAAAGGCGCAGUGUACGAUCUGACUUUCCGCGGGGAAUCCAGUCGAGAAUUCCGCCGCCUGGUCCUUUUCCGGCCCUUUGGACCACUGAUGAAGGUGAAGAGCGAGCGGGUGGACACGGCCGACGUGCUCAUCAACAUUGUGAUGCCGCUGUCGCGACGUACCGAAAGGUUCAGGCAGUUCAUGCAUAACUUCAGGGAGGUCUGCGUGCGGCAGGACGGCCGCGUCCACCUCACGGUGGUCUAUUUUGGGAAGGAGCAGAUGAGCGAGGUCCGCCACAUCCUAGAGAACACGUCCAGGGAGGCCAACUUCAAAAACUACACUCUCCUGCAGCUGGACGAGGAGUUCUCCCGAGGUCGGGGUCUGGAUGUCGGGGCGCGGGCGUGGAGGGGCGGCGACGUGUUGCUCUUCUUCUGUGACGUAGAUAUCCACUUCACCGCCGACUUCCUCGGAUCUUGCCGACUCAAUGCCGAGUCUGGUAAGAAGGUCUUCUACCCAGUGUUAUUCAGCCAGUACAACCCCAAGCUGAUCUACGGGAGUCCCGAGCACAUCCCGGCAGUGGAGCAACAGCUGGUGCUGAAGAAAGACACGGGCUUCUGGAGAGAUUUCGGAUACGGCAUGACCUGCCAGUACCGUUCGGACUUCAUCGAUAUAGGUGGUUUUGACAUUGAUAUAAAGGGUUGGGGAGGAGAGGACGUGCACUUGUAUCGCAAGUACCUGCGCAGUAGUAUUCUGGUGGUGCGGGCUCCGUCACGCGGCCUCUUCCACUUUUGGCACGACAAGCACUGCGCAGACGAGUUGGCACCCGAUCAGUACCGGAUGUGCAUACAAUCCAAGGCCAUGAACGAGGCGUCGCACGGGCAGUUGGGGAUGCUUUUCUUCCAUAAAGACAUUGAGGCGCACCUACGCAAGCAGAACACGCAAAAUUAUCAACAGAACGCCAAAAUGACGUGAAGAUAGAGCAAAAAGGUUCAUUGCUGAAUUUUAAAUGGCAAACAAUCAAUUUGACAAAUGGGAGGAGAACAAUACAAAAUUGAAAUAUUACAUUUAAAAAUAGUACAGUCAAAAAAUGAGAUAAACAUGAAUUUCAGAAAUAGAGCAAUACAAACGAUGUUUGUUUAUUUCUUGGGAAGCAGCGACACGUACAGGAAGGAAAGCGAACAGCAGGUGCGUGGACCUAAGGACUAUUAUGCUGAUCUUUCAUUUUUUUAUAUUUAUACUUAACUUUAGAAUAAAAAAGUUGAGGUGGAAGUCUAUGACAAGAUGAUAUUCUUGAUUUUUUUUUUUUUUUUUUUACAUUAUUGUUACGAUGCUCCUUUUUACAGUUUACCAUUUAAGGACAAAACCUGCUGUAUUUGUUUUUUCCCCCCCGUGUCCUUUAUGAAAAUAUUGACGUUGACCAAAAGCAAGAGUUGCCCAAACUGAGGCUCAGGGAUCAAAACGGACUAAGUGUCUAUUUGGGUUUAUAAUGUUAAGGAUGCUAUUGAUCGUAUUGGUAUAAAUUCAUGUUGGUUGUUGGUUUGUAUGCAUUAUAUGAUGGUCCUACGUGAUGUAUUUUAAUAUUUGGUACUUGCGUUAAAGAUUCAAAUCUGGGUUUUUUGAGUUGAGAUGUUUGGGAAACUAUGACUUAAAGGAGAAUUCUGGUAUUUAAACAAAACAAAAACAUUUUCAGCACAUCCCAUGUGUCUUAACAUGUAAUCAAUUAUGCUGGCCUUAUGAAUACCAGAAUUAGCCUUUUUUUUAUGGUCAGAAUUUUUUUUAUUUCAAUUUAAUGUGGACUCUUAUGAAGAUUUUUUGUAUUUUCUUUAUAGAUAACAUGACAAUCAGCCUGUACAACCGGUUGUGUUUAUAACGGCUACAUGUAAUAAUUGACACGUCCUUUUGUCUUUGUUUAUGCACUUGUACUUUACUUUGAUGUUGUAUUUAUUCUUCCAUGCAUGAAGAUGGGCGUAAAUAAAUUACCCGCUCGUCAAGCUGCAAUUGCAGUGUUGGACCAAAGACGUGAACUGUUUUCAUGUUUUUUUAAAUCAUUGUUUUGGAAGUAUAAAUGACAAUUUCAAGGUGUUUUUCUGUGUACCUGGGAAUAACUGUAAUUUAAUAAAUACAGUUUAAAAAUAA